ACUCCCAGAAUGAUUGGAAUUGUACACUCAAUGCAGAUGCAAAUCGUAUAAGUACAUAUGGUAUUGAUAAAUUCCACAAUAAAAGUAAAGCUUGAAAACAGAUAUUCUGAUAUCAAUGGCUGUAGUAACUCAACAUGUUUCGCGAUCAGGGGCGGACUGACCAUUUGGAAACUCGGGCACUGCCCGAGGGCCUGGGGUCAGUAGGGGGCCCCAUGAGAUGCCCCUGGUACCUUUUUCAUAGGCUUUUUUGAGUUUGGGCUUUUGAGUUUGGGCAAGGACACAGGGGCCCCAUGAUCCCCUAUUGCCCGGGGGCCCCAU